AUGGCCCAUUUUUUCAGUAUGCAUCGUUUGACCGCCAAAAAAUCUACUCCUAAAGGCUCUAAGCUUCACCUUCUUCUUUUCCCACAUGAUUCAGACAAUGGAAAGUGCCGAUCUGAUGAUGUUUGUUUAAUUUCUUGUCUUUCACUUUUCCCCGUCGCAAUUUUCCUCCCGAUUUACAUUGUUGGCUAUAUUUUGUCGUACAAUUUUGGUACUUUAGGUGUCUUAAUUCCCAACCUUACAUCGUUUCAAUGGGCAGAAAUCUUUGCUGGACCGAAUGGAGUCAUCACUGAGAAAUUAACCAAUGCAACUCAAGGCUUGAUUGAUGUAAGAAUGGGGGUUAAUGACACCUACUAUUUGACCUCCCAUUUGUUUCAUGCAUCUAUUGACCCUAACGAGUACGUUUCUACCUCUGCCGUUUAUGGAUUUGGAAUUCCAUUUUUUCUUCAGAACUUUGUUGGGGAAGAUAGUGCUAAAAUUCUGAUUGAGGCAUACAGAUAUUCUCCAGUACUUGCAUCUUUGCGAGCCUACGAACCUAUUGCUGUAGGUUUUUGCGCUACAAUAAAAACUUUUUACAUUUUGGCAGCUAUACUCUUUCUGCAUCAAACGUACUACUCAGUUUAUUUCCCAUUUUCUUCCGCAAACUGGGACCGCCGUUCGCUCAUCAUCUCAGUUAUUUGCAGUGGAUGCCUUUUCCUUGGUAACUCGUUUUCUAUUGGCAUGGAUGUACAAUUGUCGGUGCUCAUCAACAGAAGUCUAGGUGCUUGGGAAGUUAAUGCCACCCCGCUUCUACAAUACAUAAUGAUUCCAUGGAUCAUGCUUUUUCUUUCUCUCAGCCAUACAUAUCACAUGUAUUUAAUUGUUUUCAAGUUCAACAAUUUUCGAACUCGUAUCGUUGACUUUAGAGAACGUAUCGGAGCUGGUGAGUUCAACCACCUAAAUGUUAUCAGCGUUUAUCCCCAAGGUGAUGAACGAUUUUUGAAUGCCACAGAACGAUCAAGAACACCACCUCCUGUUUAUUCCCCUACACUUGAAGAAGGUGCCCUCCAAGUUACUUUACCUGAGCACAUAUCUUCUCAGUGCUUUCAUACACCAGUUUCAAGCCUACCUGUUACUCACACAGAGGAAUUGCCACCUUCAUAUUCUUGCCACUCAUCCCAUCAAAUUAUAUAA